AUGGCCAUUAAAACACUUCCACAAUCUUCCCUGUUUAAUCCACUUCCCUAUCCCAAAUCAUCCUCCUCUUCUUCUUCCUCAGUUUAUCCUCCAAAUUCAUCUCAAUCCUCCCCCAGUUUUGUUGUUUGCUCUUCUCUUCCCACUCAGAUACUAACAACAUUAACCUCUGAAAUAUCAAUUCCUGCUUCCUCAGCUGCUGUUUCCUCUACUUGUUUUUGUGCAAAAUUUCACCAGCCCACAUCAAUAAUAAGGCAUCCCAUUUUGCUUUUCACUGGAUUUGAUACACCUCCUCCUGUGGACACCCAAUCAUUCCUUGCCACUGUUAGUGUCUUGGUUGCCAUUGCUCUCUCCCUCUUCCUCGGUUUGAAGGGGGAUCCAGUUCCUUGUGACAGGUGUGCUGGCAAUGGUGGCACCAAGUGUGUGUUCUGCGAUGAUGGCAAGAUGAAAGUGGAAGCGCGGCUGGUUGAUUGUAAAGUUUGCAAAGGCUCAGGUUUGAUAUUCUGCAAGAAAUGUGGAGGAUCUGGAUAUGCAAGGCGUCUGUAA